CCCCCGGCCACACCGCCCACCACACACACACGUCGUUACCGGAGGAAGGACCCGGGUUUACCCGAGCCGCCGUGUUUUUGGGCUGAAUUGUUAAUUUAGCCCGGCUAGCUGUGGAAGUGCUGGUUUUCAGUGCAGUGGGGGAUGGGUCAUGCUAGCAGCCAUUGACGUAAAGCGAGGCUCCUAGCAUGGAACAGGACAAGUGUUGGGUUCAAAUCCCACAACUCUGGAUCCAGCACAUAAACAUCUGUAUUCUCUUGUUUAUCAGUGGAACAUCUGGUUGUGUGUGAACUCCACCACCUUCCUCUGCCCACACGCGAUCCCUCGCUUCCUGGUAUCUGAAGUUCUCAGUUCACAGCAGCAACGUGAGGUUCAGAUGAAGGAUGAGUUUAAUGAGCAGGAAACUUCCAUCACUGCAGUUCAGCGUCUGGAGCUUGAGUAGGACAAGUUGUAUAAAUACACAGACAAAGUACUAUUACAGCUUGUAAUGUUUAAUGGAACUUGCUGAGGUUUUUUCUUUUCUUCACUUGCUGGUUUUUAUUGUUAUUUCAGGUUAUUGGUGUUUUUGUUAUUGACAUUUUGUUCAUUUGAAUGUCUCCAUCAGUUUUGGGAAUUUGCUGUAAAUUAUUCUUAAUUCGUUUGCGGAAUGCAGAGCUGCAACUAACGCUUGUCAUUUUUUAAUCCUUUUCCUUAUUGAGCGGCUUGUAGAUGAUUAUUUUGAUUUCACGUUAGUCUGUAAAAUGUCCCGUGAAUCAUGGGGACGUCCCAGGGAUCAAGGUGAUAGACUCAGACGUCAGAAACCCACAAAUAUUCAGUUAUUAAUGGUAAAUACAUAAAAGGUCAAAGUAAAACACACAGAAGCAACAACUCAUCUCGUGUUAGAGCCUGGAACUUUAUCACAUGACAGUUUUUCUUAAUAUUUUGUAUUAAAAAACAAGAAAAACACAUGUACGUAUUAAUAAACAGAAUAAAGAAGCAGUAUCUGUGUAAUUUUGGAAUAUUAAUGUCCUUCCACAUAGUUGGAGUAGCAGUGUGUUCAUUACAGGAGUUGUAUGAUGUAACACUCAUCUCCUACAGAUGUUUGAUGGCAGCGAUCCAAAUAAAAAGCCAUUUUGAGUCGUAUUUCUUACAAUAAAGAUAAUUUAAAAACACUGGCCAAUAAUCUGUAGAUUUAUGGUAUUUAGAAGUAACUUCCAGUUUUUGAGAUUUAACCCCAUAAUUCUGAAAUAUCGGGGGUGUUCAGAAGCAUUGAUCAAUAUACCUGUCAAACAAAUCUCAUGUCCACAACCUGUUUUCUCUUGUGUGUGUGUGUGCAGUGUGUGUUCUCUCAGGAUGUCGCUCUUCCUGCUGCUUUCAUAUCACACUUUCUACCAGUUGUUUUUCCUUCAGGGAGAUAGUGCUCUCUAGUGACUCUUAUUUAACAGGGACCAGCACCACACGCACAACACAAGAAGACGACACAUGUCCAUUUUCAAUUUGUUCUCUCACUCUUUUGUAUUGUAGAUGUCCCGGCACCUUCAUAAAUGACUUUUUUUCCCCUAUUCUGUCCACUGUCAGGAAAUGUAAUUCUAUGCAAGCGAGGACUCAGAGACCUCCCGACUCCCAAGUGUCCGUUAGAUACUCCUCCCUUGACUCGGUAUGGAUUGUGACUUGUUGAAAAUGUGCUGCUGAUUUAGAUCAAAUCAUCUGAUCAGUCAGGUGAAGACAGUAAUUUAAUCCUUCUCUCUCAUUCAGAGAACUCUAGUGUCUAGUGUGUUCCUAAUAAUCAGGAACCUGUUGUGUAAAUGUUUUAAGAAUAUGGUUUUUGUUUUCUGGCCAUGAACUCUUAAAUGUGUUAAUUUUAACAUGCUUUCGAUUUAUUGGCGUUUGUCUGGUGUCAUGAGAUAAAAAAAUUGAAAGAAAAACAAAUUUCCUCAUUGUUGGUUUGCAGAUGAUUUGUGACAUUAACCUCAGUGUCGAGUGUAUUUAGUUUCUUCCUGGUUUCCACAGACGUUUGGAUGGUUUUUUUUGUGAAACUGUUAACAACUCUUUUAUUUAUUUUUCUACUUUUGUAAACCCAGCUGCUUUUAGAGUCCCAACAUGUGUGACAGAUAUCUUCAUUGUACCUUUUUGAUGACACUUUUUGUGAUUUGUCUUUCAAAUCUAUCAGCAAAAGAAAGUGGAGUCCCUCAGGUUGCCCGCCCGGCCCACAGGUUUUACACUGAGGCCCGUCUCCCAGUUUCACGUGCAUCCCGUUUAUGUUGGGAGUCCGAGGGCUUUUACCGCUAGCACGAGUGUUGUUGUGUUCCUGUAAGACAUCUCUGUGUGUGUGUGUGUGUGUGCGCCGUGGUGUGUAACGAGGAAGUUGACUCCGCUUUUCUUCCCCUCCUCAGUGAAGAGAAAGUGAAAAUCUCGUUCUACUAGUUUUCCGAAGCUCGGUGUGUGUGUGUGUGAGUGUGUGUAGACCUGGAAACCUGAUCUCCCUUGUACAUAUUAGCGGUUCACGGUGGUACAAUGUAUUGUGGCAGUGGAGAGAGAGUCUUGCUUCAGACUGGCCUAAAAUGGGCAGAACUGGUGCUGAACAAAAGCUGCUUGUCGCUCGUACAAAAGUACUUGAAGCGUUGCAGCCGGGACCGAGCUGCGUUGCUAUUGCCUGUGCCUCUCAACAGGAAAGAGAGACAACAUGUUCCCAAAGGGCACCAAGCGCAAGUUCUCCGACCCCGGGGAGGAGCCAGUCUCCAGCGCCGACCAGAGCCAGGCGGCCUCGUCUGCAGCGGCGGUCCGGACGCUGACGUCCUCGUACAGCCUGCAGCGGCAGUCCCUCCUCGACAUGUCGCUCAUCAAGCUGCAGCUCUGCCACAUGCUGGUGGAGCCCAACCUGUGCCGCUCGGUGCUCAUCGCCAACACGGUGCGGCAAAUCCAGGAGGAGAUGACCCAGGACGGCACCUGGCAGAUAAUGACCCAGGCCCUGGCAGCCGCCCAGUGUCCGGCCGACCGCCUGGUGGCCACGGAGGUGCUGUGCCGGCAGACCGACGCAGCAGCGCAGGCCGGCCAGAGCCCCAAGCCCUUCUCAGUGGUGGGGCUGGAGGAGGGCUACCACGCAGAGGAGGUGGUGAUGGAGGGAGACGUGGAGACAGAGGUCACCAUGUCCACCUUGUCGCCAGUCUCCCCUCAGCUGUCCUCUGCCUCUUACCUGGCCGGCCCCUUUGGCAUGGGGCCCUGCUGGGAGGAGGAAGACGACGACGGUGAGUGCGAGGAGGACGAAGAGGAGGACAGCGAGGAGUGUGUGUCUGAGGGAGAGGAGGGGGACCGGGACACCCUGAACGCAGACUCCAGGACAGGGGAGCAGGUUUUUGGGACUUUUGAGAUCAAGCACCCGGCGCCGCCCCCUGACCCGGCGCUCGAGGAACUGUUUUCCGACGUGGACCCGUCCUACUAUGACCUCGACACGGUGCUCACAGGCAUGCAGAGCUCCCCCAAGAUGGGGCCUUACGACCUGCUGGAGAGCCUUUCCUCUCACGGGCCCACGGCCCUGAGCUCCAGCUCGAGCUGCAGGUCAGACCUGAACGAACUGGACCACAUCAUGGAGAUCAUAGUGGGGUCCUGAAACCGAACAUUCCUCCGGCCUGUACCGAUCCCACAGACUCUUAACAGACUAUGCACAUUACACGUGCAUGUUCUGUAGGUGGUGUUGCUACACACAGACUUUGUUGGGGGGGGGGGGGGACAAAUUGGGAACGUAACAGCAAGCCAAGUAGAAUUGGGGACCGGCUGUUGGAGACGUAGUCAGUCUCCUCUGGGGCCUUCGUCUUUUACUGAACAAAACAAAACAAUUGGCGCUUGAGGAGGUGAGGGUGAAAUCAAUACAUUUGGGGAUUCACAUGCCGCCCCCCCCCCCC